AGCAGCAGCAUAGCAGCAGGUGUGGACGUCAUGUAGUGUUUCUUAUUUUGGUCUGUUUCCAGGAGCCCGCGAUCUAAUGCCUCAACGUUUUAUCAGCCCCAAGCAGGUUCUGGUUCACAUCUGGGCGUGACCCCUCUGUCUUUUGGAUCACCUGUCGAGAUGUCGUCCUCUGAACACAACGAAACCUCCAAUUUGCUCAAUACGUUUGAGAAACUGUCGUGGAGGCCCUCUGUCCGCGACUCAGGAUCCAAGAAGCGGGCCCGAUGGCUUCAAGCUCGACGUAUCUUCUCUCCUUCAUGCCCCAGUCUACGAAUCCCGAACAGGUUCCUGAGAGAAGGACACUGCAUACCUCCAGCCCGGAGUGGACACCGCUGUGUUGCAGACAGUACGAAUUUAUAUGUGUUCGGAGGCUACAACCCUGAUUUUGAGGAGGCAGGCGGGUCAGAGAAUGAAGACUACCCUCUUUUUAGGGAGCUCUGGCGGUUUCACUUUGCUACAGCUACCUGGCAACAAGUACACACAGAGGGCUACAUGCCUACAGAACUAGCCUCAAUGUCAGCUGUCUUGCAUGGCAACAAUCUGCUUGUGUUUGGUGGCACUGGGAUUCCAUUUGGUGAAAACAAUGGCAAUGACGUCCAUGUUUGCAAUGUUCAGUACAAGCGAUGGAACCUUCUUAACUGUCGAGGGAAGAAACCCAACAAAAUCUACGGACAGGCGAUGGUCAUUAUAAAUGGCUACCUGUAUGUAUUUGGAGGGACAACAGGCUAUGUUUACAGCACAGACCUGCACAAGUUGGACCUGACCACCAGGGAGUGGACCUACCUCGAACCAAACAACGAACCCUCAGAUCUACCCGAGGAAAGGUACAGACAUGAACUCGCUCAUGAUGGACAGAGGAUAUACAUUUUAGGAGGAGGGACAUCAUGGACAUCAUAUUCUCUGGACAAGGUUCACGCAUAUAACUUGGAGACAAAUUACUGGGAGGAGAUACUGACCAAACCCCAUGAAAAAAUUGGAUAUCCUCCCGCCCGGCGUUGUCACAGCUGUGUGCAAGUCAAAGAUGAGGUGUUUGUAUGUGGUGGUUAUAAUGGAGAGGUGAUCCUGUCUGACCUGUGGAAGCUCAACCUGCAAACUUUUCAGUGGAACAAGCUGCCUGCCAUCAUGCCAGAGCCAGCAUACUUUCACUGUGCCGCCGUGACUCCGGCCGGGUGCAUGUACAUCCAUGGUGGUGUCAUCAACAUGUCUGGCAACCAGCGGACUGGCUCUUUGUACAAAGUGUGGCUGGUGGUGCCCAGCCUGCUGGAACUGACGUGGGAGAAACUGCUGAAAACAUUCCCUCAUUUGUCCCAGCUGUCGACCCUUCAGCUGCUCAGCCUGGGACUCACACAUACACUAAUUCAGCGGCUCAAAUGAAGAUGCGCACAGACUGAAGAGGCAGAAACUGAUGGAAAAGCACUGACUCUAAAAUCACUGGUAAAUAUGUGAUUUCUUAAAAGGACAGACAUUUUUAAUACAAAAUGCACCUUUAAAAAAAAAACAAAAAAAAAAAAUUUCAAAAGAUGUCAGCUGAUUCAGAAAAACCACUGAAUGCCUUUUAUGGUUUUUGACUUCUGUAAAUGUGUGUGCUGUAUUUCAUAUCCUAAGUGCAAUGUGUUCAUUUGUGAAUGUGUCAGGUUUGAGUUUGCACACAUCCAUCAACACACAUUGUUAUGGACACCAGAAUUCUUGUAUGCUCAAUUCACUCCUAUUUAUCAGAGGCUUUUUUUUUUUGUCUUUUUCACUUGCUAAGGAUGCUCCACUGUCACAAAACCUUGUAGAGCGUGAGGAUGAUGAAACGUGCUGCUAACACUGUGGAAUAGGUCAACAACUACACUAGCUUAGAAGAGGAAACUCAAAUAAUUUGACCAAUUCAGUUGAAAUUUAACAGUCAGGUCUUGGGAUGCAGCUGUUAGAUGUCAGUAAAACUGGUUCGAAGAGUAGUUUGUUUUAAUAGAGGCACACAUUGUAAUUUUAACACCUAACAGUCUAAUUAAGUCAAUAUUUAAGACAUCACAUUUUAGGUGUUUAGCCGAUAGGACUUUUGGCAAUAUCAAGCUGUGAUUGUAAUGCUGCCAUCCAAACUGAGAAAAUGUUUCCCUGUGUGGUCACAUUCAAACUGAAGUGUGUGGCAUUGAUGGCAUCACUGUGAAUUUUUUAGUGCCUCUUUAUAAAUGAAGCGGAACAAGUUGGAUAUUAAUUUAUGCACCAGUAGCUCCACCAUGACUCCUGAGCCUUUUUGGUUUUUCAUUCGGUGCCUUCUGAAUUUUCACUGUUUUCUAUUUCUAAAAUUAACCCUUAUACGAUUUUAAUUUUUUCAUUGCCAUUUGAGCUGUGUUCAUGGGGUUUUACCUGGUGCUCUCCAUAUUGGCCUUUUUUUUUAUUUAAGAGAGAGAAGUCGCUUACUCCUUGAACAUUUUAACUUGCAAAGGAUGUCAUUUGUUUAAUUUUUAAUCACUGUGCUGCUAUUUUUAUUCUACAAACUCAGAAUUGUAGUGAAACUUGUAGCUACAGUUCAUAUUUCUGACUGACUUCAUUUUAUUUUCUACUUAACAUCUUAACUUUUUCAUGCUGUUACACAGAAUAUUUAUAUUAUUAACUUUUUUUCAGGAGAAUGUGGUGCUGUAGUGCAGAUUCUUUUGACAGGUUACAGAUACGGUACGUGAGGCAUCCUCAGGAUGUUUAACACUGUGAUCAGAGGUGAGUCAGUAGAGCUCUAAAUACAUCAACCAUCUUCAUAAAUGUCGAUAUUUUUGUAAAACGAGGCGUUGAUAUGCCUUUUGAUGACCUCUGUAAAUCUGUUACUGUAGUUGUGCUUUCUGCUGCUUGUAAACAAUCACAGUUGGUGUUUUCUUUUCUGUUAUUUUUUUAUCUUUAAUUUGAAACCCAAGCAUCUCUGGAGCAUUUUAUUUUACACACUCACUGUAGCUGGUGGUACAAUAGAAUUUGCAGUUUUUUUUCCUCAAAGUUUCUAUAGCACAGUAAACUACUUUUUUCCUGGUUUGACAUUGUAUUGCUGUAUUUAUAUUUUAUUUGAAGCAUCAAUCUGCGUCAGUAUGUGCUCAGAUGUGGUAAAUGUACUGCCUCGCUUAGGAUUGAGAUGUUUAUAUUUGCAUCAUUUUUGGUGUCAGUGAAAGUUGAAUUGUCUCUUUUGCAUGUCUCUAUGGUGUGCUUGUCACUUUACCUAAACUGUUGGGGUAAAAGGUGAUUGUAUUCCCAAAGGCAGUUAUGGCAGUAAUGUACAGUAUGUUUUGUAAUUCAUGUCUGUACACACAAUAAAUUAAGACAACCAUUUUUUUUUUUUU